AUGGCUGACCCAAAAGCGCAGUCCCUGCACGAUUUUGCAAUCCUCAGUAUAAUCAAUGUCUUUGGAUUGCUUUACUUUUACCCUUUUCCUUUUGAUCAUCUUCUGGUGCUCAUCCAGCCCUUCUACCGCUUUCUAGAUGCUCUCCGGGGUAAUGAUGCGGCAGAGUGGCAAAAGCUGGAGUUUGGAGCCAUUUUAGUCCUGAUCUGGGCGACCACCCUUCCUUCAGUGAUUGUGUUAUUCCGCACCGAACCCUGCCUCCAGCUCGGAUACACAUCUGCCUUCACGGUUGUUGCUGUCGGGAUUCUGGUGGACUUUGUAAUCUGCGAUCCCAGUUCCUAUGCAGCGCAGUACCGGUUUCCGUACAGCUGCGUUUCAUUAGGCUUACUUUCGCUCAUACCAACCAUUUAUGCCCUCACUAGGACGUUCCAGAAUGCGCCCUCAUUAGCCAUACACCUCGGCCGGAUGGCCAUCUAG